CUCUUUGGUCCAAUCACAAAUGUCAAAUUGAAUUUUUUUAGACGAAGUGUUUUGGAGGAGAUUUCUCGAAUUUAAAGAAGGUUUUUACAUCCGACGCUAUAAUUCUCUUCUCUUUACAAAUUUGGUUGUUUAUAAUGGGCAAAAAAGGAGUUGUCAAUUUUAUUAAGGAUUUUUAUUACGAUCCAUUCAAAUGGUCAGUUGUGAAGAGUGUUGGAUUUUUCACAGUCGGUGUUGUUAUCGCGAGUGAGUGCUCGGGUCUAGAAUUAAUGCCAGCUGUUCCACAAUAAUUAUUGUACAACUUUAUAUAUAAGCUAAACAAUGUUACACUAUUUAAUUUUACUACUCUUUGUGGCUCCUGUGUUCAGUGAUGCCGAUAAGAAACCAAAUUUUGUUAUAGUCCUUACUGAUGAUCAGGAUGUAGUCAUGGAUGGCAUGACACCGAUGAAGAAUGUGGAACGUUUUAUUGGCUCUGAAGGAAUCACUUUUACAAAUUCGUAUGUGACAUCGCCAAUAUGCUGCCCAAGUCGUGCUAGUCUCCUAACAGGGUUGUAUGUUCAUAACCAUAUGACAAAGAAUAACAGCUUAAGUGGUGGUUGCUAUGGAUCUGAUUGGCGUCUGAAGGAACAUCGAGUAUUCGCUAAUGCUUUACAAAAUGCUGGAUAUGAUACCUUUUAUGCUGGCAAGUAUUUAAAUCAGUAUGGCGUGAAAGGCGCUGGUGGUCCAGAUAUAGUGCCGCCAGGUUGGUCAGAGUGGCACGGCUUAGUUGGCAAUUCGGUUUACUAUAACUAUGUGAUGUCAAAUAACGGUGUCCCAACACACCUCACUGAUCGUUAUCUUACUGAUGUCAUUCGCGAUCUCAGCAUCAGUUACAUCGAGAAUCAGACAGAGUCGCAGCCGUUUCUUAUGGUACUAGCUCCUCCUGCACCGCACCAGCCCUUCACCCCUGCGCCUAGACACAAAGGCUUUUAUAAAAACACCACAACCGUCAAACAUCCCAACUUCAAUAUAGCUGACAAUGAUAAACAUUGGCUCAUAAAAAUGCCACCCGCUCCGCUCCCAGAAAGUUUACUUCCUGAAUUAGACCACGUGUUCAGGUCCAGAUGGGAAUCGUUGUUAGCCGUUGAUGAAAUGGUGGCAGAUGUUGUGGGCGCGCUAGAAGACAUCGGACAACUAGAUAAUACUUACUUGAUAUACACCUCUGAUAAUGGAUACCACAUUGGACAAUUUGCACAAGUUUAUGAUAAAAGGCAACCUUAUGAGUCCGAUAUAAAGGUGCCUCUAAUCAUCCGGGGCCCGGGUCUCGGGAAAAAUAUCAGUGAUCCACAACCGGUUCUUAAUAUCGACUUGGCUCCUACCAUUCUAAAACUAGCCGGUGUAGACGCGAUUGAAAUGGACGGCAAAGCUAUAGAUUUGGAUGUGAAACAAGUAAUCGAAGAGAGAUAUAUGUUAGUAGAAUACUAUGGUGAAGGAAGAGAUGGCAGUGUUGAUCCAAAAUGCCCAUGGAAAUAUGACAGUGAUAACCUCGCUCAAUGCUACCCAGCAUAUGAAUGCAAGUGUCAGGAUGCCAGGAACAACACAUUCGCUUGUUUAAGGCACAUAGCGCAACGGCUCAGUAUGAAAUAUUGCGUUUUUGAUGACCACAAGAACUUCGCCGAACUCUAUGAUUUAUCUGAAGAUCCUUAUGAGUUGAACAAUAUAAUCGAAGAAGAAUUCCAAGCUAUCAUUGUAUGGUACAAUAAUUACUUGAGCAAACUGCUGAAAUGUAAGGGCACCGCUAACUGCGACAACCCUAUGAGUUGAGCGUUGUAGUAAAGCACAAGCCAUUGAUUUUUUUUUAUUCCGUUCUUAGUGCCAGUUUCUUAGGUUCAGAUUAAAUUCCAAUUAAUAAUACCAGAUUAUCAUUAUGAUAAUUUUAUAGUUCUGUUCGAUUUUUAUUACAACAGUUUUAACUAUAAUUUCUAUCUAGGGCAGGCAAAAACAAUGUACAAUGAUACAAAUGGUCAGUAGCACAAACAUCCAUUAAGAUUUAAUGAAUACUUAAGCUUUAAUGAAUGUUCUAAAUUUAAUCAUUUGUGUCGAUAAUGUCGCUUUAAUCCAGAGGUUCCCAAACAUUCUUUUCUCGUAGACCAAUUUAAAAAAAAUUACUGUUUUCGGACCCCCUGCCGCUACAUUUUUACCAUAUUCCCAAAAUGACAAUUUUAGCGUAUGUUUGUGCAACUAGGCGAAAGUAUCGCAUAGUCUGUGUCUAGUGUCGUAGUACAUCAGAAACCAAUACCAUCUUAUUAUAAAACGAGGACUAAUAUAAACAAUUUAGUGCCGGGUUUAAACCAUUACCCGACCAAAAUAAGUGAACACGUCUCAAUGCGACGUUGUCUCGCCUGUCAUUGUCAAUGUGCAUUAGGCAGCCAAUGUUUUAAACCAAAUACAACUUUGGUCCUGGAAGAAGAGGUUAUUUUUACUUCACCAUAGAAAUUAACAUGUAGAAAUUAAUUUCACUAAUUUUAUCACUUGACAUUGGCAGAUUUGUGCGAAACGCGCGUAUAAGCCAUUAAUUUUGGUAUUCAUUUUAGACGACACAACAAAAUACGCGGAUUCGACAGAGAUUUGUAUUGUUUUCUUUUGACGCUCGCAAAACAUCUGUGUGAGUUUUUUCACCUGCCCUAAAAACUACAGAAGAUAUCGCUUAUAUGGAACCUACGAAACUGGCCUAGUUCUGUAGUAACUACUGUACUGUCAUAAAAAAAUAAAUAUAGAAAUAAACAAUAUAGAAAUAAAAACCUGUUUUUUUCUCUCAUCAGUUUUUGAUCCUUGGUAGCAUCUGCAGUCGUUAGUACCCACCAAUCCUCAUACGUUAUCACCCGCUCCAUUUUUAUUUAAACAGAUUUCGAUUUCAAAAUAUUUACAUUACAAACAUUCAUAACAAUGCGUCUAUAGAUGAAAUAUAAUAAAACAGUUUAUGAGAAUACCAAUAACAAGUAACAUUGAUAAUGCUUUUGGUUUUUACUAUUAGAAAUAUAUACAAACGUGUCCCUGGGGGAUACACUUCAGGAUU